UGGGCCUAAGGUUUGUUGUUUAACAGCCAGUCAGGUGGUCAUUUGGUCUCAUAUCGAGGUUGCAACCAAGGCAAGUUGUCAAUUUGUCACAUCUGCGAGCGCGAGUUCUUAUAAUUGAGCCUUUCUGCAGUUAUCGCUACCACAUGAACCUCAACUUCCAAGCCGACUACUUUGAGCCUCCCGCGCCUUGCAAAUCCGCCUUCAUGGAAUUGCCAUCAACACCGGGGCCGCAUAGCUACUCCAGCUACAACCCCGUGCCGCCGAAUUAUAACCCGUACACCGCAGCGAUGCGAUACUAUCAUCAUCCUCCAGCGAACCAAGAGUAUUCCCUCGCCUGCAAUGCCAGAAGCUCCUUUCCGAUGCCGCCAGUUUUGAACCAUCAUCCGCUCUCGCAUCAUCCAUACUUAUCGCCUUCCAUACAAGGGUUUGGAGCCCCUCGCGAUUCUCCGCAUGACGAUUUGAAAGGACCAUGCGAGGAACCCAGGCUAAACGGUAAAGGAAAAAAGAUUCGAAAGCCACGAACCAUCUACUCAAGUUUUCAGCUUCGGGAGCUCACCAAACGAUUUAACAAGACACAAUAUUUAGCUCUACCUGAACGUGCUGAGUUAGCUGCCUGCCUCGGUCUAACGCAGACCCAAGUUAAAAUUUGGUUUCAGAACAGAAGAUCUAAGUUCAAGAAACACAGCGCCAGAGCAAACGAAGACAACCCAGUUGAAGAGACUAGUAAAUCAGAGGGCAGAGCAAGCCCCUCAAACAGCUCAGGAACUUGGUCAAAUACAGAAGUAUCAGCAUCUGGAAGUCAUGAUACAGAAAUUCCAAGCCUUGCCGCUCUAGCGACUACUAAACAGACGAUACAGUUAACUCCAAACUUGAGCCAGUGGUGUCUUACAGGCGGGCUUAAGUCUCCUUUCACCGCAGAACGAUGCCAAAGAAUGUGAAAAACUCACAUUUACGGAUUACCUUGCUGUAAAGAUAAAUACUCAUAGGUAUGAAGGGUAGAUAAUGUACUGAGCUUUGCUUUAACUCAAGAUUGUCAAAAAAUCGGCAACGCGUGUACUUGCAAGUCUUCUGAUGUUGCAAGGAAAGGUUCAAUCUGUAAAGUUUUAAUCGUGUUAACACUGAAGAGGUUUUAAUUUUGUAAAUAUAAUUUAUUUGUGCGAUACGUUAAAAAGGUAUAAUGUAAACUUGGCAAGGAGAUCUUUCAUGAAGUCAAGUUCUUGAGCUUAUUCAUGUAACAACGAGCGUGAUUGAGGCAUUAAGACUUUUCAACAUCAAUAGGUAAUUAGCCCGCAUAACAGGUGAUAUUUAAUGCUGUUUUCCCAAAGGUAGGACAUAAAAACAGUUCUUAGAAUACGUUAAAUGCAAUAGUUAGUAUUCUUGACAUUUAUUUUCCAAUAUAGAGAGAAAAAUUUACAAACUGACACGAUAGAAAUGCCCUUGGCUUAACUGAGUCGCGUCGCUUUGAACUGUUUUAUCCCACGAGCCAAUUCCUCAAAGAACCGAAUGCAUACGCGUGCCAUAGGCCCUUGAUGUAUAACGAGAUCGUCUUAUAGCUCUCAUUUGUUAAAAGAGUAUCAAUGACAUUUAGCAAUACCACAACAUCUGUUAAGUGAAUAAAAAGGACCCGUUAUCAAGUUA